AUGGAGCCUGCGCACCGGCAUCACCACUCAGCGUACAACGGCGACUCAUUACGAGCGAUGCUAGCUGCUAGAUUACCGUUUGCUGCGGCCAGGCCGCUGUGCCGGACGUUCCAGAUUCCAACGACGGCCUCGAAAGUGAUUCCCGUGUACCCACCUGUUGAACAACGCGCGCGGGACGUGAUCAAGCAGAUAUCCGAGGCGAAGCUGGCGCAACUGGACCCGCAGGGCGUCCGCCGCAAGCUGCUGAGCAAGGCGGAGGAGGGCUGCGUGAAAGCCGGCGACAUCGUGCGUGUGAUGUACGACACAGCAAAAUGUAACUACGGAACGAUAUACGGCUACGUUUUGUCGGUUGACCGGGGCAAAAUCGUCGAGGACUCAUCGCUGCUUCUGCGCAAUCACAUCGGCAAGACGUCGGUCGAGACCCGUGUGCCAGUCUUCUCGCCGCUGCUUGCGCGUAUCGACAUUCUCAGACGCGGCGACCCCAAACGUCGGAGAAACAAGCACUACUACAUCAGAAACACCAGACUGGACGUCGGCGAUUUGGAGUCCAGCAUGCGGCGCCGCAAAAGUUAG